AUGUCGAACUCGGCAAUCUUCUACCCAGCGGAGUCGCAUAGUGGUACUGUCACAUCUUAUGUCCCGCUAACAACAACAUGGACGCCGCCCUCGGGAUGUUCCACCAAAUACCGUCUUGAUGGGCCGAGCUUAGUGGCGUUUGACCCCGCGUACGGUCUCGACGUGGAAACUGGCAUAGUUUGUGGGCCACCAGCCAUGACAACAUGGUGGGAGCAAGGGCUUCUAGGCGAUGGUGGCUCGCAUAAGACACGGCUUAGCAUCGGGCCCAUGUCAUGCCCCGAGGAUUGGUCCACGCUCGCCUCUUCCACAAAAGAUUCGUCCAGUGUUUUGGAGAUGUGCUGUCCAUCGGGUUUCUAUCUUGCAGAUGCUAUUCCCGGUUCUGUUGCUGGAAACUGCCUAUCAGACGUUUCUUCGGGCAUGACUCUUACUUACGGAUCCACUGCAAGUGAUGACUCUACCUCGUGGUCAAUGGCUACAACAACCAUGACCUCCAGCUCGACUGUCGGUGCAAUUGCCAUUGUAGGUUGGAACAUUAAAUACCCCACGACUGCUACCUCUACUUCUAUAACCUCGACGCCAUCCUUGACCACGCAAUCCUUGGCCACACAAUCAUCUUCAACAACCACAACCACGACCCCGGCCGCUUCUCCAAGUCUCUCUGUCUCCAGCUCAAACUCUGAAAGUAGCCUUACUACUGGAGCAAAGGCUGGAAUUGGCAUCGGCAUCGGUGUGGGUGCGAUAGGUGUGAUCGUAUUGCUGAUUGCCUUGUACCUCUUCCGUAAGCGGAAGGAGAGAGCAGCAAUGGAGCCCGCACAGAACCUAUAUCAUCACUCACAGCCCCCAGUUAUGUCCAUAUCCGAAGCACCAUACCAGCAACAAUAUCAUGCUGAAUUGGAUGCGGCUAACUUACGCCCUGGUCAGGGUGGCAAUUCACCGGCAGAACUCUCAUCACAAAAUUACGCUUUAAGAAGAAGUGGUGUUCCAUAG